UUGUUACCCAAAGCUCCGACGGCUGACCGGCAAAGUUAUAGCUGCAUCCCAAUGAUGACGAUGAGUUCUAUGGCGGACACUUUGGUCUCUCCCGAUCCUUCCAAAUCGGCUUUUUUGGAAUGCAGCAGCUACCCCGGACACCAGCAGAGCUCCCCGGGAUUAUCUCAUAAUCAUUACCAGUUCCACACUCUGCACGCUGCAACGCAGCACGACAUCCCCUUCCAGUCCUCAGCGCCCUCCUAUGGGCGUCCUCUCGGCUACCCGACCUACCACAGUCCGGUGAGCCCGCACCAAGCUGGGACGUAUCUUUCCUACCCGCACGGAGGGCACGGCGGUGGGCUGGUGCACAGACUGGAGAAUAAAGAACACGAAAAGCCCACCACGAUAUUAGAACACGGAGAGGUACGUCUCAACGGGAGCGGGAAGAAAAUCCGAAAGCCUCGGACCAUCUACUCAAGUCUGCAGCUCCACGCCCUCAACCAACGCUUCCAGCAAACCCAGUACCUGGCUCUGCCUGAGAGGGCCGACCUGGCUGCAAAAUUGGGCUUGACGCAGACACAGGUCAAAAUAUGGUUCCAAAAUAAACGAUCAAAGUACAAGAAGAUAAUGAAGACCGGACCCAACGGAUUGGAUGGAGAGCCCAGGCCUACCCCACUCCAGUCUUCCACUUCUCCAUGCACAGUAUGGGAUAUGAGCAUGGCUCCUAAAGGCACACCAGUGCACUCUGCUGGAUACAUGAACAAUUUUGGCCACUGGUACCCCGGACACCCGCAGGAUGCCAUGCCUAGAACUCAACUGAUGUGACACAAGUGAUGUGACACAAUUGCCCCAUAUCAAAGCUAACAGUGUCAAACACUGGAUUAAGUAAAAAAAAAAAAAAAAUGGCGCAAGGUGUGUAAAACAUGAAGCAGUUGUGCGUCCUUAUGGUCUAGAAGUAAAACAGGUACAUGAAUUCUUUGGUGGAUGGUGUCACUUGAUUUCUUUGGUGUUAGAAUACAAAGAUACAAAAAAGGAUCCAAAUCAAUUACAUUGUUUGUAUUACCAAUGUCAUCCAUAUUAUGGUUACUUAUUUGUCGUCGCAUUGGGAUAUGUUACUUGAUUGUAAAAUCAUAAUUGACAACAUGGUUCACACGCAGCUAUUUUUAAGCACAGUAGAACAACCUGUUCUCAUAGGCAAGCUAUUAAACUUCAUAUGACAUGGGAAAAAAAAAAAAAUAACAUCACUAGUUAUGCACUGAAGUUAACCUCUUGACGGUGUCGUGAAGUAUGGCAAAGUUUCGAGUUUUGCGUGAAGCGAUGGAGCAUCGGACUCGACGUGCCAAAGUUGCUGCAAAGCAGAUUUGUGCCUUAUCGGCACGCAAUGUAGGCUUUUCUACAAAAAGUAUUCUUACAACCAAGUUGUAUGUUUGAGUAAAAUCCUGCCAUGAUUCUGGACAAUGUUUGGAAAUAUAUAUUAAUAUAUUUUUGUGUGGGAUUGUGUGGCAGAAGCACAUUUGGGAAAGGGUGUUCUGUGAAGGUUUUCUAUCGUUUGAAAAACUGCUUUGGGUGAAGUUGUAAAAAAUAAAAAAUAAAGAAUCUUUUGAGUGUUUUAAAUGUACUGAAAGGUGGCAUUAUAAUUAAAUUAUUUUUCAAAGCCG